AUGAGCCAGAGUGAGAGUCGUAGCGCUCUCCAGAGUGCCCCUGCCAGACCCAAUCUAACCCACCCCUCUGCUUCCGCCUCUCCGCCAUCAGCCUUCCCUGCCCCAACAUACGACUGCCCCACGCCAGCUUGGGAAGGAGAUGACCUGGAUCUGGAGGUCUGGCGCUGCGAGCGAGACAUAGCUCGCCAGCAGCAUGAGGAAGAUCUGGCCAAGGCGCAGGAAAAGGCUGCGGCCGAGGCAAAGGCUGCCGCUGAAGCUCACGCGGCAGAGAGUGAGAAGCAUAAACAGACCCGCAAAGCAGAGCACAGCUCCGCCCCCGCCUCGAUACCCCCUUCAUCGUCGUCGUCAUCGUCUUCCCCCAGCCAAGCAAGUAGCCGUGGCAUCGCUCGACUGGCCGCCCCUCGCUCGCUGCUGCAGCGCUUCGAGGAGGUGCGCGUCUCUGGCGAAGCCGUCGUGCUCAAGGAGCUCGACCUGGCAGAGGAACCAUGGAAGGAGGCGGAGAUGGCAGAGAGGCUGGCAAAGCUGCCGAUGCCUCCUGGCACGGCAGACCUCUUCCGCCGAGCAGAUCAGGCCAAGGUCAAGUUCGCGACCUACAUCCUGGACGACAGGUGGUUCUGGUGCCCGGCAAUCGACGCGAUGACAGUCGAGUCGAAGAAGGAAGGCACGACGAUACCACAAGCAGUUACUCCAGCCGCUCCUCUCGCUCCCACCAUCGCUGCCAUCAUCGCUCCUCUCGCUCCCACUGGUCUCCCCGUCACCGCUCCUCCUGCUCCACCCACUCUGGCCACCGCCCUCCUUCGCUUCGCUCCUCCGCCGCUCGCCGACCUGAAUCGCCCAGCAAGCCAGGUGGAGCUCCUCAUCAGGCCAUUUAUCGACGCCAUGGUCGAAGCAGCAACGCACCAGGCCUUUGUCGCGAUCAAAGCGGACUACAGCACCUGGGCCUACACCAGCACCGAGAUGGCCGACAUCAUUCUGGACGCGACGCCGUGCCUCUCAACGCCGUAUGACGACUCGAUCGAGGAGGCUGAGGCGAUCAUUGCCGCACUCCCGGAGCUGAACGCACUCACAUGCCAGCGUUUCGGGGUCUAUCGCGUGAUCGAGAGGUGGAUUGACGAUGUGGGGCGCCAAGAAACGUACGACUACGUAGAUUCUGCCUACAAGCAGUCGAUCUCGAGGCGAAAUGACAACCACCGAGCACAAGCGCGCAGGAUCAUGGAAGCGGCAAAUCAAGGCGGCCAUGCGAUGCUGGACAAGCAUCUAGGCGUGCACCGUGGCCUGCACAAGCCUCGCAUGGAGAAGAGCGUGCACUUGGUCCUUUCGUGGGCGGGACCAACGGCAAAUGAGCGCCAGUCGGCAGAGUGGCUGGUUGAAAAUGUUGCGUCGACGGCGAAUGGGGUCAAACUCGACCAGAUGGGGGCGCAAAACUGCCCGAGAGCCUUCAAGUACGCGUACAUCAACCGCAUGUUUGUGGCCACGCUGGAGCACGAGUGGUCUUGCGCGCUCAAUACGCCGCGCAACGGCUACGACGGCAUCUUUGCUCUCGGAGUCGGCACCAGGGCAGCGCGAACCAUCAAGGGGGUCAACUCGGCCGUGCCGGCGGUGCGCUUCACCGACCUCAUCGGCAGCGCAGGAUGGUGGUUCUACCACCACCAACCGCCAACGCUCACGGGCGCCGAGGAGGACGAGGAGCCGGGAGGUCACUUCACGGUCGGCCUGGCGGCGGCGGCAAGGGCGCUGGACGACCUCAUGAGUGGCGGCGGCGAUGCGGGAGGCGAGGGCGAUGCGCGCGCUGCAGACGUCGACAUGGAGGAGCUGGUUGCCAUGUCGCAGAGGAUGUGGGUGGAGGGAGACUGGCAGGAGGAGACCCUAAGCUUGCCAGAGGAGGUCGAAAGUGGCGACAACGAGGGUGGCGAGGGCGGUGGGGGCGAGGGCGAUGAGGGCGGCGAGGGCGGCGACAACGAGGACGAGGAAGAGGCCAUGCUCGAAGCGCCUUUCGCUAUGACGGCAGAGGCGAGUCCCAACAUCGCGGCGGCAGGACGGAUCCUCAACAUGGGAUACGCAGACGAAGCUCAGUCUCCCGCUCCAUCGCUCGCUCUGGUACCGCACAACGACCCGCGCUACGAGGUGGACAUGGUCGAGCAGUCCUCCCGAUCCUUCUCAAGCACCCACGUCGCGUCGGCCCGGAUCUCAAGACCGAUCAAGGCCCUCAUCAAGCCGAAGACAAUCCCGGCUGCGGUGCGAGACGCUCGCGAUCAAGUUGGCAUACCCUGCAAGAUCAAGAAUGGGGUCAAGAGAGGGGUGGUUGAGCUGGCUGCUGGCACUUCAACAUCGCACCGCCUGGCCUUCGAGAGAGAUGUCACUUGCGCUGGCCUGUUGGUGGACGGGGAGGCAAGUUUCUGCAUGAAGAUGGUGCAGGAGACGCAGUGCGUCUGCCAACCUCUUGCCGCAAGCCCCGAAGCCUCUGCCGUCCUCACCCACUACCGCCUGCAAGUCAUUCAGCAAGGCGGAAUCGUCUACGUCUUGGAGCCGCUCCGUCAAGAGGUGGGGGGUGAGUGGGAGCGGGGCCUCAAGAUGCUGGCUGAGCUGGCCUCGGUGAUGCGCGAGCGCUUUGAGAUCGUGUACGCCGAUCUCCCCGUCGCCGAUGCUAAGCUCAUCAACGGCUUGGCGGUGAGGCUCAAGCAGGGUGGCAUACGCACGACGCUGCACCCUACCUCGCCCUCAGCAUCGACUUGGAGCUUCUGCGUACCAGUUCCCAAGGUCUUGAUGGAGGAGUGGGGGAGGAACGAAGGGCUGUACACCUCGGCCAGCACGUCGGCGGUACCAGGAGAGAUCUGGGUGCCCUUCAGGGGUUCAGUCAGCGGUGGGGGUGCGAAGGACCUGGUGCUCGGCGUCACCGACUCGGCUACGGGGCAGUACGCCUCCCCUUACUGCCUGGUCAGGCCCGCCAGUAGUACAGAAGGAGUCAAGCCUAGCUUCUCUUUUGAUGCUCGAAUCUUUCUCAGCCCCAGCCGCUUCGCAACGCACGGCCUUGGGCGUUUGGCGGCUGUCGCAUCGGCUGCCUUUGCUUUGAGUGGCGCGCUCAAAUCCGGCCAGGCCUUGACCGCUGGCCUACGGAGGCUUGUCAAGCGUUGGGGAAACGCUGAGUGA